UGGUCAGUCAACAUUGGACAGUCGAAUCGAACGGUUUUAUAAAGUGGUCUUACGAUGAAGAUUUUAUUUCGAAUUAUUCUUUUAUUUUUGCUGGCUAAGCAUUGCCAGCAAACUCCUGUUGUGGAAACUACAGAAGACUUUGAUGAGGAAUUUAUAGAGACAACAACCCAGGCGCACAACGUGGAGAAAACUAAAGAUGAAAUAAUUGCCGAUCUGCAAAAUAAAUUGAAUAAUAUGAGGCGACAUGUUGCGGCCUUCAAAUCAAAGUCUCAGGCAGAUACCGCAAAAGUUUUGAGUCUAAGCGAUCUAAUUGUGGCCUAUGAGUCACAAAUUGAUUCGAAUACUGCCAUAAUUGAGAAACAGGAGGAGCAUAUCAAAAAGUUAAAUUCUUCUGUAAGCUCUUAUCGAAGUAUUUUCAUGCAGAAGGAACUGGAAAUAACUGACUUGCAAAUCAAGACCAGAGAAGAUAAAACUAGUAUUCAGGACUAUCUACAGCAGAUUUCAAACUACGAAGACCAACUAAAAACAUCCCAGGUUUCAAGUUGUGUACCCUUUGGCAAUUCCACAGGAAUACAUCUAUUGCAUUUGCCAAGUGGGAAACCGUUUUUCGUUCCGUGCGAAUCGAGGAACACAAAUUUCGGAACUGGUUGGACAGUUAUUCAACGUCGAUUGGAUGGCAGUGUUAACUUCUACCGUGAUUGGAAUCAGUAUCGUGAGGGAUUUGGUGAACUAUCGAGUGAAUUUUUUAUUGGACUCGAUAAACUAUAUAGAAUGACAACCAAUGAAAGAUAUGAACUUCUGAUACACUUUCAAUUUUUUGGCAGUGAAGAAUCAAAUUACAUUCGGUAUAGUAAUUUUUCGAUUGGAAAUGAAACCGAAAAAUACGUCUUAAAGUAUUUGGGCGUGGUUACUUGUGAUAAUGGCUUUAAAUUUGAAGGUUAUACAAAUUAUGGUUACGUUUUGGGUUGUCAUGACCCCAUGGAGAAUAAUAUUGGAAUGAAAUUCACAACGUACGAUCAGGAUAAUGACAAUUUUUACUGGCAAAAUUGUGCUAAAGAAUGUCAUGGCGCUUGGUGGUUUAAUUCAUGUAGCCUAAUAGGCAAUGGCUUUAGUCAUCUAAAUGGUUUAUAUGGUAAAAGUGAGGCAUCGUCUAAUAUAUACUUUCGUAAUAGUGUAAGAUAUGCAGAAAUGUUGAUUCGUCCAUUCAAUCAUCAUUAACCGAAAAUGCUUAGAUUUUGUAAGAUUUUCUACUUUUGGAAAGAAAUUCAAAAUACAAUUAUACAUACUUACUUUUUAUUAAAUCAAGAAAGUUGGAAACAUGUAUGUUCUUAUACAUUCUAAAAUAUAAUAUGAAUUUAUAUAUAUAUAUUCAAUUCAAAUUAAAAUAAUAAACUCCACUUCAUGCGGUGCUGACCUGUAAAA